GAGAGGCACUGCAGAAUGACAGAUCACAAUGAAUAAAUCAUCAGAAAGCAGAGCUGACCACCAGAGAGAGAGGUGCGCUGCCAGAUGCCAAGGCGCUUGUCUGUCUAUAGUUCCAGAGCGAUGUCCGUGAUGCUGGACCUUCUCAACGUGUCAAUUCACAGGUUACCUGUAGCCUAUGCACUGACCACGAGACACGACGAACUCACACCAUAGGGGAUUGAGAAUCACACUUGAAAGAGGCUUGGUGUUUCUAUUUAGCAGAAACCUCCUUUAAAAACCUUGGAGUAGAUCGAACGCCGUCAGAUUCAAUGUGGGUACCGCGGUUUGAGAAAAGAGAGAAGUCUUCAAUAUCGGUGUGAUGGUUAACGAAUACAUUUGGGAUUAUUGUGGACAUGAAUGUACCGGGACGUGUUGACAAAAUGUUCGUCAAUAUGAUCUCUUUUGUCACGUACCUGAAGUUAAUUGAUCUACUCUGAAUACUUCGACUCGAAGGUUUCAACCGUCGCUUGGAUAAUAAGUGAUUAAUUCGGGAUUGUUUUUCUUCUUCCAAUAUGCUUAUGAAUUGAACGCAUUAAGUAGCCUGCAAGUGGGUACUUGAAGAUCUGACAUCUAUACAUUUUGAUAUAUAGAUUUGAGGAGAAUAAAACACGAAGCCAUGUCUUGUCUGCUGGUGUUAGUGAACUGUGUGAUCCUGUUGCUCUUCGCCAGCGACAUGCUGUUGGUCAGUGGAAACCGCCCUCCUGCUCCCGUCAACGUUUCUGUGAUGCACCUGAGGGCCGACUCUGCCACCGUCUCCUGGGAGGUACCUGAGGGUGACAUCAUCAUCGGCUUCUCCAUCUCACAGCAGAGACAGCAGGGCCACACCCAGCGCUUCAUCAGGGAGGUGAAUACCACCAGCAAGGCCUGUGUUCUGUGGGAUCUGGACGAGGAGACAGACUAUAUUAUCCAGGUCCAGUCCAUUGGUCUGUAUGGAGAGAGUCAGGCCAGCAAGAGGGUCCACUUCAGAACCCUCAAGAAGUCUGACCGCUUCCUGUCCAACAGCUCCAACCAAGAUGACCCUGCAGUGGAAGGUCUGGACAAGUCACGGCAGCUCCAGACAGGAGAGGCGAUCAUCAUUGUGGUCGUGCUGCUCAUGUGGGCAGCUGUCAUUGCCCUGUUCUGUCGGCAGUAUGACAUCAUCAAGGACAAUGACUCUAGUACCGGCAAAGACAAGGUAAAGCCGUCGUCGUUGGCGAGCACGCCAGAACACUGCUCCGGAGGACUGCUGAGGAAUAAGCACAGGACUGCUACGGAGAAAGGUCGGCAAGGUCAACCAGAGGGCAUUCACUCAGACCAUGGGAUACAUUUUGUAGGUUGCACAGUCAACUACAGGAGGACUGCUUAUGAGCAAGUUUCAUCCGUCGCUACAAUCCAUCAACAUAAUUGAGGUUUAAGGGAAGAAUGCAGAAUGCAGAAUGCAGAAUGCAGAAUGAAGAAUGCAGAAUGCAGACGCCAAUUCCAACCUUCCUCCUCCGUCGCUACGUUCUCCAACUCCUCAAAUCGUCUCUCCUCCUCUCUGAUGAAGACGAAACAAGUCAUUAAGAUAAACUGCCGCCCUGAGGCAUGACCGUUGAUGCAUGUCGGCCAAGCUAAUUUAGCAAAGAACACACACACACACACACACACAGAGAGAGAGUUAAGUAUACUGUACGUACACUAUUUCAAUGUAAAUACGUUAUACAUGAAAUAUUUCAAGUGAGAUACUUGGUUUGUAAUUAGUACACCACGGCCAUCUCUGGGACAUCUGUCUCUGUCGUAGAUUCAAUCCGUGUUGCUGAAGAUAAAUCCUCUUAAAGGCAAUGUUCCUGCGUCUUCGCAGAGGCUGCAAUGACUGUCCACUCUGCAUAUGUCGCUAGGCUCAAUCGGAAAAUUCCCUUUAAAACGUUAUUGUGGUAAAACACAGAUCUUCCGCAAUACAGACUGAUUCAAGCCCUCUGUGUUCAUGUUGUCGUGUGAUUUAAAAAAAUAUAUAAACUAGAUUUAUGGAUUAUGUUACUUUGAUUAUAUCCUUGGAUUUGUUUUGUUUUUUUUGCAUCUUAAUCCCCCCUUGUACAGUCAUUUCACAAUAAUAACAUCCCAAUUGGUUGCCACAAAAUACUCAUACUUGGAGUAAUUAUCACAGGUGAAAAUAUUGUGAUCUGAGUCCGACAGACUAUAGCGAUGCUAAUAAGUACGAAUGAUAGAAACUGGUUCUGAACACAUGCAGUUGUAGAUGAAUAUUAUGACCAUCGUCAACGUGUUAUUGACGCCUGUCUGCGCGUAUGAAGACAUGUCUAUAUCCCAUAAGAUUGACUACUGGAGGUGCGCAUGCCGGUCAUUCAUCCAUAGCAUCAUAUCAUAUUUGAUGUGCUCUCUAUUUUACCAAUACAAAAUAUGCAACAACAGAAAUUAUUGCAAUACUGGGAAAGCGGAAUAUUAUCCAUUUUUAUAUUGUCAUUUGAUCAUCCUUCCUUUUAGUUAGGACUUGUUUGUUUGGAUGUUUUGACACUUGUAAAUAUCCUGACACUGUGUUUUAUCUGCACUAUUGAACAAUAAAGUUUAUUUCAAAUUCAAAAUGGAAUGUCUGCUGUCCAGACUGAUUAUGAUGUAACAGGGGAA